AACUCUCUGUAAACUACUUUCAUUUCCUUAAUAAUGUUGGGUUAUGUUUUCAUACGGUCAUUUGUCGUUUUUCGUUGAUUUUAUAAUUUUUAAAUCGAAUAAAGGUAUUUUUGAUUUAUUAUCUCAAUGAAAUAAAAAUGGAAGAAAACAAUGAGGACGUUUUAAAAACUAACGUAUUUCAGAAAGUCAAGCAAAUAAAUCAUUUAGCGAACGAAGUAACCAUCGGUCCAAAUAUACCCAAAAAAGAUACUGUGGGUGAACCUCAGAUAUCCAUUAACAGUAAUACAACAAAAACAAUGGUAAAUUCCGAUGUAAAUAACGUAAAUAAGCUGCCUUCGCGAGAAUUUUGGAAAAUUAUGGACCUUCAAAGACAAGAUAAGUUACUGAGAGACUUGAAUAGAAGGUUGCAAGUUUUCAAACAAUUUGAUAAAUCUCAACUCGAACAAAGCCAGGAAAAGUGGUUGAAAACAAAACAGAAUAUUUUGCAAGAUGUUGAAAAAAAUGAGGCAAACGUGUUGCAAGCAAAUGAGCAGUUUGAAGCGACUCAGUCUGCACAGGAUGCUUUGUUCAAGCAGCAAACCCAAAGUGCCAUAUCAAGAAUAAAAGCCAGACAGGAACAAUUAAGAGAAAAAGAGAGAUUGAAAAAGAAGGUUCUGGAAAACGUAAAUCAAAUUAGGGCCAACCAAGCAAAAUUUAAUUCAGAAUGGCUAGAAAUUUCAAAGCUAUUAAAGGGUGGCCCUUGUAUUACAAACGUCUUGGUAAAAUCUUCCAAAAAAAUUGAUGCAGAUCUAUUUCAAACUUUGCCUAAUGAAAUGGCAAGUAUUAUAGAAAAAUGUAAGAUAAAAAAUGGUAGUGCUAUAGAUAUCUCAGAUGUACAAAAGUCUGAUGAAGUAAAAUCUAAAGUUAUUAAGUUCAGAGAACUCUUACAAGAAGCAUAUGCAGAAUAUGAUAAUAACAUUCAAGCAACAAAAGCAAAUGUACCAUCAAACAUAAGUGGUAUAGAGGUUUCAAAAAACAGUGUCCAAACUAUAAAUGAACCUGAAUUGAAUCUCAAAAUUGUUGAAUGUAGUGAAUCUCAAACCUCUGAUUUAGAAAAACUCUCAAAAUGUAUAGAUAUGGGUGACCUUCAAAUAUAUGCAGAAAUAAUGGAUUUCCAUGACAUAUUUAGGCAAAGUUUUGCACAGUUGGAAUAUGAUAGUACAUUAAAAACUUUUAAAUUUGAUUUGAAGAAAGCUAUUAAUAUUCCUGUAAACUCUCUAUCUGGUGUGACAUCUGACCAUAUCAUGGACAAAUAUCAAAAACUUCAUAGGUUAUUAAGUGGGCAAACAGUUCUGAUAGCUGAUAAACAAAUAAAUGCUUCUAAACAUCCACAAGGAAUUGCAUUUUGCACUGAUUUGCUUGCUAAAAAAUUUGUAAUACAAGGAGAUCUAAUGGUCUCCAGCAAUCCAGAGUCAGCAUUUUGUUAUGCUUCUGUUAUCUUAUCAUUGUGGAAUGAUUUUCCCAAUUUCGGAAAAGUGCUAUUAGCAUAUUUUUACAAAUUUUGCCCAUACUUGGUGCCCUAUUACAUUCCAAAAGAAAUGGGCGAAAGUGAUGAGGACUACUAUUUGAAAUUGGGAUACCAGUAUAAUGAUGGUGAAGUAGAGAAACAAGACAAGUUUUUAAAAAGGAUGACAGGCAUAUUAAAAUUGUACUUUGCAAUAUUAAUAAGCAAGCCUAAAAGAGGGCAGAAUAUUUCACCACACAAUUUAAAAAAUGGCUGGAGAUGGCUUGCCUCCUUUUUGAAAUUAGAACCUCAAAUUGACAUUACUGCUACAGCAUUACAUGUUUUUCUGGAAACAGCUGGAUUUGAAAUGGAGAAUAGAUAUGGAACAGUCUUUCAUAAAGUACUGAAGUGUAUUUUGCAGAUAUUUAUGCCUAAGUGUCAACAAGUUCAGUGUACGGGGGGAGCAGUCACAAGACUUGAAUUACUCUUAACUGAAUAUCUUAAAACCAAAAAGUUCCAGAAACCUCAUGGCUUUAUGGAUUAUGCUAUGUGGUAAUAUGUUUUAUUUCUGUGUUAGGCUGUAAAUAUAUACAAUUUUUUUUUAUUUUACAAUUUACAAAAAGUCUCACAAUAUUUUAAACUGUCCAAUUGAUUUUGAUGCUGUAUUGUUCAGACUUUCUAUCUUAUUAUUUCUCCAAUAAAUUAAAUUGACUCUUU